UACAUUUGGAAGCAACAAAGCAAAGUACCGUUUGGACUGUAACAGAGUGUGUGCGUGUGUAAUUUGUAUAUGUGUGUGUUUGCAUAGAAAUUUUUAUAAUUUGAAUUUAAAUUUAAAAAUAUAGCACCUACAUGCAAAGUCAAUGUACAUAUAAAUAAGUAGCCUAGCAAAGUUAACAAUAACAACAACAUAUAAGAUGUGCAGCUGAUGGGAAAAACCUACCACUUUUAAACUGGUGUGUGGGAAAAAUCGAUCCACGAACUGUGUGCAAAGAAAAGAAGAGAAAAUGUUGGCUUAAACAAAAGACUUUGACGACAACAACAACAAGAUCACUGUGAUACAAUUUGCAGUACAAAUUAGUUAAAUAUACUUAGUGUAGCCAUUCUAACAAAGAACCAAUCGAACACAACAACAACAACUACACUUAUUUUUCAAGUGCAAUAAAUAAAUUUCACCAAGAUUCUCAACUAAAAAAAUCAUCUCAACAUUCCUGCGCAACAUAUAAAACAACAAAAUGGCUGUAAAAACGUACUAGGCCAGCCCUCACAAUGUCUGUCCCUGUACGCUACUCUGCUGCCGCCGAAUACGCCGUCGUUGAUAGUGGUUUGGAUAAUACUCUAACCCAAGAAGAGCAAUACCACAGACAACAACAGCAACAAUAUCAGCACCAGCAACAGCACCAGCACCAGCAACAACAACUCGAACAGCAGCAGCAAUACGAGCAAUAUCAACAACAACAAUACGAACAGGAGCAACAGGAGCAGGUUCGAUUGUAUUGCCAAUUGCAACAGCAGCUGGAGCUGGAAGAGCAGGUGCAAGCGCAGGCGGUGCGGCAGCAGCAGCAGCAGUUGAUGCAGCAGAGGUCAUCGAUGUUGAUGUCGUCGUCGGGAAUGCCAGGUCUUGAUUUGCCCAACAACAACACCAAUAUAAGCAACGUUGCCAGCAACAUUAAUAACAACAACAAUAACAUGGAUGCUAUUAGCAUUAAUGCCAUCCUGGUCGAUGAUGAGCAACCAUCAACAUCGGCUCAGGCAGCGGCAGCAGCAGCGUUAAUUGGAGGCAAAUCAAUGGCAAGCAAUGGCAUCGGCGAUCACAAUACGGAGAUGCCGACUGAUUGGAUGAGGAUUGUGGACGAGGGUCGGUAUGGGACACCGGGUGCUGCUGGCUUGGAAUAUCAAAAGUACGAACAACAACAAACACUACAGCAGACACUGGAAACUGAAGCGGAAAGUGUGGUGCCAGCAGCAAUUAAGAAACUGGAGGAACAAUUAAAUGCAUUCUCCUCAGAUGAACUCUACGAGACGCUUAAGGAGUACGACGCAUUGCAGGACAAAUAUCAUACUGUACUGCUACUGCCCAAGGAGUCUAGGCGUGAGGUGACAGCAGGUGGACGCGAUGGAUCGGCGUAUGUGCUGCGUUGCUUGAAGAUGUGGUAUGAGCUGCCAUCCGAUGUCCUGUUCUCAGCCAUGAGCCUGGUGGAUCGUUUCCUGGAUCGCAUGGCCGUCAAGCCGAAGCAUAUGGCCUGCAUGAGCGUUGCCUCCUUCCAUUUGGCCAUCAAGCAGCUGGACUUGAAGCCCAUACCUGCCGACGAUCUGGUUACAAUAUCUCAGUGUGGUUGUACCGCUGGCGAUCUGGAACGAAUGGCCGGCGUUAUCGCCAACAAACUGGGCGUACAGAUGGGACAUGCCCCCAUCACAUCAGUGAGCUACCUGCGCAUCUAUUACGCACUCUUCCGCAAUUUGGCGAAGGAGAUUGGCGGUGAUUUCUUCAAGUUCUACCAGCAGCUGAUCAAGCUCGAGGAGCUGGAGAAUCGCUUAGAGAUAUUGCUGUGCGAUGUGAAGACAACGGUCAUUACACCCGCGACUCUGGCAUUAGUGCUCAUCUGCCUGCAUCUUGAUUUCCACAUCAAGGAAUCGUACACACGCGGCAGUCCCGAACUUAAGCAUGUCUUUGAGUACAUACUCUUCCUGCAGCAAUACAUGAGGAUUCCCGAUCGCGUUUUCACCUGCGGUUUUAGCAUUGUCUCGGGCAUUCUGUCCCAUUACAACGGACAGAACAAGGCGCCCUACAAGCAGCGGCUUGUCUGGAAACUCUCCAGUCGCACGCUGCGCGUCCUGCGCCCGACCAAUCGCUUUUCAUCCGAUUUACCCACCAUCGAGGAGGGUAUAUCAAAUGCUCUAGACGAUGGCCUGCGUUCAAGAACCGAGAGUAUUAGCUCUGAGGAGGAAGAGGAUUGGCCAACUUCACCCAUUAUUCCAAUUUUCGAACAAUGUUAGUAGUACCCAGCAGCAAGUAAGCAGCAUCCAAGCAAAGCAGCCCCCGAAAUGACAACAAUGGGUGGGGCAAGAUUGAUUGAACAGCAGCAGAGAGCAGACAACAGGAAUCAUCCAUUUACACACUUUACAACACAUCUGUGGUAGCAGCAACAAUUGCAGCAUUUGGAAACCAAACAUCAGACAUAUCCUCGGCUCCAUGGGAGCCCAUCGAUUGGCAACAGCAACAACAAUGAGAACAACGACAACACCAAAUUGAGUAACUGCCCCACAAGUCGAUAAGAGAAAGAUUAAGAGAGAAAUGAGAGUGUGUGUGUAAUGGGUGGACGUGUGUAUAUAUUUUGCUAAAGUGCAUCAUAAUUCGUUUAGCAUAUGCAUAUAUAUUAUUUACGCUGGUUCUACCAUUUAAGAAACUAUGAAAAAUGCGAAGUCAGCCAGCGCUUCGUUGCGUUAGGCGACAGGCAAAAUAAUUUUUUCAAUUUAAUUUGCGGCAAGACAAGAAAAAUACGUUAAAAAAAAAAUAACAAAUGAAAAAAAAUUCAAAAAAAAAUAUAUAUAUAAACCAGAAUGCUGCGGACCAUCAUACAAAAGAUUGAUGUCGUUCCGGACCAUUUUUGCGAUCAGUGAAAGAAACACGAUUAGAGAAUUGAUGACGACCCAACACAGGCGUACGGAACGAAACAGCAAUUUUUUGUCGGUUGCGCUUGGAAAAAAAAUUCAAAAAACCACUUAAACAAUCAAAAAGCAACAAAAAAAAGAAUAUCUUAAACUAAAUCUUCUAUAUCCCAAUUUAAAUAAGUUUAAAUAAUUUUUAUGUUCUCCAUGUUUGUUUUGUAAAACACCUUAAAACUUAAAGAAUAAAAAUAAAAACGAUGGACCCACGAACACAUAAACCACAAAACUGUAAAAUGAAACAGAGAGAAAAAAAAUUAACAAAACAAAAAAAACCAAAAAAAGUACAAAAAUUCAUUAAAUAUAGACGGGGACAAUUAACUGAUAGAUUAAACUGUUCAAGAGAGACAACAGCAAAAAAAAAAUC